AUGAACUGGUUGAAAUCAACUUUGGCCAGCGUCGCCGGGACCCAGGAGCCUAUUUAUGGGCCCACAGCAAUACAAUCUGUUGCAGAGCAAACCAAAGCAACUCCUUUUACAGAAUUAACAAAAGAUGAUUUGAAAUGGAAGGCUAUGCAAUCCACCUGCGUGGAAACUCAAACAUUUUACGUUGUGUCUGAGAAGGGUGAUUUGGUCAUGGUCCAGGUGAUCUACAGUAAUGUCGCUGGCCUGCACACAACAUGCCAGUUUAACACCAAGAUUUACUGGGCAGACCCGCAAAAGCCGAGCAAUUGGUUCAGUGAUCCCAUCCAAAACUACCUCUUUGAUGAGGAUAUGCUCUCAUUUGGUGGUGACAAUAUCGCACUUACCCUCAAUGGAGAUGGUACUGCUUAUACCAUCAAAUCUGCUCUUAAUGAGAGCUGCCUUGUCAACCUCACCUUCACUCGCCUGACUCCCGGCUUUGUUGUUGGCAACGAUGGGACUUCGAAUUUUGGGACAGACCCUGCAAACCCUUGGGGCAGCAUGCGUCACGCAUUCUGGCCUCAAUGCAAGGUUGAAGGAUCGAUUAUAACCCCAGAUGCAGAGCUAAACUGUGCUGGGAGAGGAUUCUUUGUACAUGCUUUACAGGGAAUGAAACCUCAUCAUUUAGCCGCGAGAUGGAACUUUGCCAAUUUCCAAAGCCCCACGAUUUCUGCCUUUGUCAUGGAGUAUACCACCCCGCCGUCGUAUGGAUCGACUGUCGUUAAUGUCGGAGGCAUCGUGAAAGAUGGAGAAAUCAUCCACGCCGGAACCUCAAACACGGCAUCGCACGUGGAAACUACCCAAGACUCCGAUAACGAAUGGCCAGAACCAACGGUCGUCAAGUAUACGUGGUCCGGCCAAACAAAAGACGGUAAAGAAGUCAAUGCCACACUCGAGGGUUCACUGGGACAGAGGCUUGAUAGAGUCGAUGUCAUGGCAGAAGUACCGGCCAUCAUCAAGUCGAUCGUCGGCAGUGUUGCAGGGACGAAGCCGUAUAUUUAUCAAUUUUCACCCAAGGAGAAAUUGAGCCUCAAGCUGCGACUCGGUGACACUGAUUUUGCUGAGGAAGGAACUCUAUAUUCCGAGGCAACAUUCAUCUCCUAA